GCCAACGAGCUGCACUUGAGCUAUGACAGAAUCUCCAAGCCCUACGAGGCGCUCCAAGUCAAGGAAGUACUUGCUGGUGCAAGGCUUUCUUUGCGUGCUGUGCACGGUAGUGGGUGCUUUCUACCCAACUCUGUUGGACUGGUCCAAGACGGCCUUGGAAACCGAAGUCUCUUUACACGGGAGCAAGGAGACGCGUGCGUAUCCCUUCAGCGCUGCUUCAGUGGUGUUGGUGAACGAUGCCCUGCAGCUCUCGUUGGCACUUCUGGCCGUCUCACUGAAGUUGGGCCUGUCGUCGAUGUUCAAAGAUGGGAGCCUGGUUUUGAAGAUGCUGCCUUUGGGCUUGAUCUACGCUGUAGGAGAGCUGCUGACCCUUCGCUCUGUGCAAAAGGGCUCUGGGCCUGUCUACGUGGUGAUUGCCAACAUGAAGCUAGUUGUCGCUGCAGUCAUGUCUCGGAUCUUCUUUGGGCAGUCGCGUUCUUUGCCAUGGCUUCACUGGAUGGAGCUGAUUUUCAUCAGCCUCCUUGCGGCCUUGUACACCGUGGCCGAGGCUGGCAACAUGGGCUCCUCUUGGCGCUGGGAAGGCGCUUGGGCUGCCUUGGCCAAGAGUUCUUUAGUUGCCUUCAGCUCAGUAUUCUGUGAACAUACUUACAAGAGCAACUCCUUCUUGGUGGUCUUGUCCUUGCAGGCUUUUUGGGGCCUUGCAACGAUGCUCCUCUUGCUUCUGGGUGCAUGGUUGUCUACCCCGGGGUCUGGCUUCUUGGGUGGGGUCUCCCUAGAACUUCGUGACGAAGAAGGGCAUUGGGUGUUCUUCUCAGGAGGUCCUUCACAUCCACUUUGUGAUUCCUCAGAGCAUUUGAGUUGUCUCCAUCAUUUGACCGGAGCAGCGUCCUGCGUUUGCAUCACAGAACGAGGCUGGGAUUCCUACACCUUCCUGGCGGUCUUUGCCGAUCUCAGCAACGCGGUGAGCUCCGCCCUGGUCUUCCGCCGCCUCAGCGCGGUGGCCAAAUACGUGUGCCGCGCCUCGUCGGCGGUACCAAUGUACAUUUUCUACUGCGCUGUAGGAAGAGCUCUGUGGGAUGUCAAGAUCUUUGGCAUAGUUCUGCUUCUCUGUGCUCAGAUCAGCGUGUACACGGUACAAAGGCACAGGGCAGAAGCAGAAGCAGAAGCAGCAGAGGAAGCUGCAUGGGCCAAGGAGUACGGAAAGAAUCAGAAUGGCCAGCUCAAAGUUGCCUGAACAGGCUGUCCAAAGCUGGUGCUGAGACCUGGUUUUGAGGCACAGAGCCCUUCUAGGCCUGUCCUUCUUCGGACAUUUGGGCCCGGCCUAGCUCAAAAUUGAGGCCUUGCCUAGUGGUUUCUCUGCAAAUAUGUUUUGUGUGUUGGGGAUAUGGCGGGUACCUCAUUUUGGAGGCCCAAAAUAUCCAGUUGAUCCUAUGUGUAUAGAAGCCCAAAGUGACUGAACGUUGGAACAGGACAUGAUGUCAACUGGGCAUGGACCUACCAAGAGGUGGAGUCGACUUGUCAAUUGUGAUGAAAAUUGCUAGAGCCUCCGAGCGCAGUGUGAGGAC